AUGAAGCUGAAUGGUCUCCUCAGGGUCUUGGCUCUGCUAGGUUUCUUCCUCCCUCCAUCAGCUGACAGUCGGCCCCCUGACCCCCCUGCUGUCCUCCCUCUGGGGGAGUUCUCUCUGCAUCGAGGAGGAGGCGCCGUCCCCCGUCCCUCCCCCUGGAUGAUGAUCGGGGCUCUUCUGCAGGAGGAGGGGAGCUGGAGGAGAAGGAGGUCUGACGAGCCCCCCCUGUCUCUGGACCUGACCUUCCAUCUGCUCAGGGAGGUUCUGGAGAUGGCCCGGGCCGAGCAGCUGGCCCAGCAGGCCCACAGUAACCGCAGGAUGAUGGACAGCUUUGGAAAGUGA